AUGCCCGUCAUGGACGGGGACCUCAGUCUUUCCCAGUCUCUGGGAGGUCUCCGGAUAGCAAAUCCGGAUGACUCGUCUCUACAUUCGUCUGAGCAGACCGCGACCUCAACCUCGGCCGCUGUCUCAGUACCACCAGCAGUCCCCGAUCCCAAGUGUGAAUCGACCCUACUUCAACCAUCAGGCAGCUCAACGUCUCUUCCCUACUCUCCAGCACCAUCCUCCGGUGAUGAUGUCCAAGAUGACUCCGCAAAUCCCGCCGAGAAUCGAAAUUCCACCUUCCUUCCUUACUUAGAAUCACAGCAGCAGUCGGGUCUGCAAUUUCCCCCGUAUAUGACCCAGCAGCAGCAGCACUCUCCGCCAGGCCCCUCUCGCCCUUUAUCGGGUAUUUUCGCGAAUGGUUCGACGUCAACAUUAGCUCCCAGGGAGAGUUGCUACCGGAUCCGUACCGAUUCAGCGGCGUCGUCGGCAUCCGAAAGCCAAGCCCGCGCAGAGUCUCGUGGUGGCUCGGCAGCUUUUCAGGCAGGAGUUCCCGUGCGUGAUAAUAGUCACAGUGAUCGAUCCUACAGGACUGCGCAGCUACCUGCUGGUAGUGGGCCUAUGGUGAUGCGUCAGUCUUCCCGCGCUCAUGCGCGCGGUGGCGGCGGCGGCUCUUCUCAGCUCUCGGGGUCACCAUAUGGAAUGGAGAAUGGCCCUGCUUCAAGUAGUGAAGAGUGGCAGGACCGUGGGGCGGCCGUCUCGGUAAGACAGGAAAUUGACUCCAAUGGAAAACCUGUUGCGCGCUAUAUCAAAAAGGGGGUCCGUGAUUUCUCGUUUGGGAACACCCUAGGAGAAGGCUCGUACAGUACUGUUGUCCUUGGCACGGAUCGCCAGACUCUGAAGGAAUACGCGAUUAAGAUAUUGGACAAACGACAUAUCAUCAAGGAGAAAAAGGUCAAAUAUGUGAACAUUGAGAAGGACACCUUGAACCGGCUCACCGAACACCCGGGUAUUGUUCGACUGUAUUAUACUUUCCAAGAUGAGCGUUCAUUAUAUUUCGUCUUGGAUCUUUGCAAGGGUGGAGAACUGUUAGGGGUGUUGAAACGCAUGUCUACAUUCGACGAGGAGUGCACGAGGUUUUACGGUGCCCAGAUUCUCGACACCAUAGACUAUAUGCAUCGACGCGGCGUUAUCCAUCGAGACCUGAAGCCAGAGAACGUGCUUCUUGACAGCCAGAUGCACGUCAAAAUCACGGACUUUGGAACAGCAAAGAUUCUCAAGACUCUGCCGAGACCUGAUCCGAGCUCGAGCGGGAUGUUACCUCUGGACUCGACCGAUCUUCCAGCAGAAGAGCGUGCCAGUUCCUUUGUUGGCACGGCGGAAUAUGUCAGCCCAGAACUGCUCACGGACAAAAAUGCUUGUAAAGCAAGUGACUUGUGGGCGUUCGGUUGUAUCAUUUACCAGCUCCUGGCUGGCCGUCCUCCAUUCAAGGCCGGAAAUGAGUACCAAACCUUCCAAAAAAUUGUGGCUCUCGAAUACGAAUUUCCUAUUGGGUUUCCUACCGUGGCCCGGGAUCUCGUCGAACGUCUACUCGUUCUGGACCCAGCACGACGUCUACCUAUCGAGCAUAUUAAAAACCAUGAAUUCUUCCAGGGAAUGCCCUGGGGCUCGGAGUUGUGGAAACGAAAGGCCCCCCGUCUCAAGGCGUACAUUCCGCCGCCUCGCGAGCCCAUCAAGCUCAACGGCGGAGACGGUGACAGCUUCCCUCCGAGCAUCUCCACUGCACCAUCAGGUGCCGCCAAUGCUGGCUCGAGGAUAGUCCCCAGGCUGGUGACCGAGCUGCCCCCCCCGAGCCAACUGGAUAUUGAGUGGUCUCCCGUGCUGACGAAAAUCAACGAGCGAAUACUCAAGCUGGGGAAUUUGGUUGUUUUGUCUUCGCCGGCUCCUCACAGCCCUGUUUCGAAAAAUGGGAAUGGUGAAGUCGAGGCACCCAAGAAAUUCUCGCGGUUUUUUGGAGGGAGCACCACGAAAAAGCGGCAGCGAUUGGUCAUGGUGACUUCGUCGGCUCGCAUAAUCUUGGCCGCAUCUGGAGGUGAUGAAAAGAAGGCAAAGACGGAACUGUCGUUGCUUACCCCUGGGACACAGUAUCGCGCCUCGACCGAUUCGAAGGGGUUUUCAUGCUGGGUGGUGGAUACUCGAGACAAACAUUUCGUUUUCGAAGACCCCAAACCUUCCUCUGGUAAUGCCGGUGCGACCGCUUUGGUGGCACAGGAAUGGCUCGACGCCCUCGAUCGAGCCCGUGAGAUGGCUUUGGCUCAGCAAAGAAAUGGAUCAUAUUCUGCGGAUGAAGCUUUCCGUGAUCUAUCGUCGGAAUUGUCGAGCCAUGCCAAUACUCUGGACCGUAAUUCUGAGAUGCACCACGAAAACCCGUCAUCUUCGGGUCGAACCACCUUAGUCAAACAUCAGGCGAAUGAUUCCGACUCUGUUAAAGGAAAGAAACGGUUCAGUAGACGCCAUUCAAGGAACGGCCUGGCAGCCGUUUUCUAG